AUGUUGCCUGAGCUAUGUUUUGGAAUGAUUAUUGUGGAGGAUGCGUUGGAAGGAACAGAACUAAAGAAGGGAGAUGUCUGUGCCUUCAAAGAGAAAGCAGUGGCAGUAUUCAAGAGAGAGCAAUUAUUUUACCCAUUUCUGGUUAUUUCAUUUUGCAUGUCUGUUGUUUUGCUGUUCGUGUGGAUAGAAACCUCAAAUGAAUACUUUGAUUUUGACUGGGUUGUUUUUCUAGGUACAGGAUACUGGUUCUUCUGGUCCCUUCUUUUGCUGAGUUUAUUUGGAAUCCUGACUGCCUACUCUUCAUUGCUGUUGGUCCUUGGAUUUUUGUUAAUUUGGGGAGGGAAUGAACUAUAUCUGCACUGCUACCAUAAGAUCCUGACACUGCUAGUGAUUCUGAUGUGCACGUUUUUUCUGUUGAUUUUAUGCAUUUACUGGAAAGACAAGUGGCUGACAGUUGGGCUCUCACUGAAGGUCUUUGCUCCCUACAUGCACCUGAGCAGUAUAACUGUGAUGGUUAUUGUUUCCUGGCCCGUGGCCUUCUACUUAAUCCACUUGGAACAAGAAGUUAGAAUAAGAAGAUACAAGAUGACAUGGUUCGAGAGAGAAAGAAUCAAGAGAUUUAAUAUACUCACAAAGUUAAGAGCUGUACAAGUGGCUAUUGGAUUGCCCUUUUUUCUCAUCCUUUUAUGUCUGUAUGUGCUGCCAUUGGGUUUUUAUUCUCCCUGCAUUCAGGAGAAGGAUAAAUUGGGACCCAAGCCACAUAUCUUCGGACAUAGAGGAGCACCCAUGCUGGGGCCUGAGAAUACCAUGAUGUCCUUUGAGAAAGCUGUUGAAAAUGGGGCCUUUGGGCUGCAGUCCAACAUAUACUUAAGUUAUGAUGAGGUGCCUUUUCUCAUGCAUGACAAUGACCUGAGAAGAACAACCAAUAUCAGGGAGGUCAUGCCAAAUGCCUCCUUCAGACCUAGUUCCUUCUUCACUUGGAAUUUCUUGUCGACUCUGAAUGCAGGCAAAUGGUUUGUACAGUUCAAACCAUUUUACAAUAUGAAACCCUUAUCAGAGGCGGAUAAAGAAAAGGCAAGAAAUCAGAUGAUUCCAAAACUAAGUGACUUAUUGGAAUUUGCACAGAAGGAGAAAAAAUUUGUGAUAUUUGAUCUUAAUACUCCUCCACCAAAACAUCCUCUUAGAAAGACAUUUGUGCGCCAUGUAGUAAGCGUGAUCCUCGACUCUCAAAUUGAGCAACAUCUGAUUUAUUGGUUGACAGCUUUUGAUAGAAUGUAUGUCAAGAGAAAAGCUCCUGGUUUUCAGCAAGUGGGUCGAUUAUACUCCAUUGAACGCCUUACGAAAGAAAAUAUCAGCAAAAUAAAUGUUGACUAUAAGAGGUUGUUCUACAAUGGGUUGAGAGAUUAUAAAGCAGCUAACAUCAACAUCAACUUAUACAUCGUCAAUGAACCUUGGCUCUACUCACUGGCCUGGUGCUCCAGGAUUCACUCAGUGACCACAGACAACAUUCAGCUCCUGAGGCAGAUAAAUCACCCUUACUUCUUCAUGACACCAAGUCAUUAUAUGUUUACGUGGUUUCUCCUGGAUGGUGUUUCUGCAGUUUUCAUCGUUUCCAUAUUUUAUUUUCAUUGGUACAACUGUGAAGAUGAGCGCUGUUACCUGGACCUGGCCAGGCUGAGAGGUGUACACUACAUCACUUGGAGAAGGCAGAACAAAGUCUUUCCUCAAGAUAAGGUAAAGUUCAAUGAUACUGAGAGUAUAGGCCUCGAAAUGGGAAAAAGUGAGAAUCAAAAAGCUUCGAAUUUAUCCAUUGAGCCUCCCUCCAGAGUUUCGGAAAGCCCUUGGACUCGGAAAGCCAUCUACCCACCUUUACCCAACAGCAUUAGCAACUACCCAGGCCCUCGUCAGUUUUUAGUAGCCCCCAAGAAGAUAGACAGUAAACCAGAGCCAGACAAUGAACCCCUAAAAUCACUGAUGCCUGCAAAGGAUGAUGUUAGACAACUAAUACCCUCCGAGGCCUUGGAAUCCAUCCUAGCACCCACCUGGGAGGCCACCAGAGAACCCACCCUUCAAACUGCAUUGCCUGCUUUGACGCCAAAUGAAGCAACAAUUUCCUCCAUAGAGGUCCUUCAUCCUGAAACACAACACCAAAGUACUUCCACUAUUGAAUCCUUCCCAAGAAACACAGUUUCCACCACAUCUGACAUGUCCUUAUCCUCCUCUGGGUUCUCCUCAAAGAAAAAUUAA